AUACCCACUUCCUGCAUUGCUUUGGCACAACGUCACAGCUGCAUAGUUGACUACUCGGGGAGCUGCAAGUGCUGUAGUAAAGGGAGUGAUAGAUAAUCAUUUUCAGACUGUCAAUCAGUGCAAUCCGUGUCGUUGCGCUGGUAGGAGCGAUGGGUACCGUACGGCUUACUUUGGAUUCCGCCCAGGAGUUGCUUGGUAAGGAUGAGACCGACGUGGAGAUUACUGAUCUGGAGGAAGAACCUGGUUCCGGAAGAGGUGACAACUACACUUCGAUAUUAUAUCGAGUAAGUGUAAAGGGUUUGAAGACGAUGAGAACUGGUGAAAAGGUAGCCUGGGAACGAGCCAUCAUCUACAAGGCUCUACCACAGUCCAGAGAGCACCGAGAAGCUUUCAAGAGUGAAGCACUGUUCAAAAAUGAAGUUGUUUUCUAUACAAAAGUUUGGCCAGCCCUGGACGAGCUACAGUCUGAUGGAAAGCGUGUCUUUGGUGGAGUAGCCAAAGUGUACAUAGCCAAAGAAGAUAUUAUUGCUAUGGAGGAUCUACGAGAGAGAGGUUUUAAGAUGGCUGACCGCACACAAGGUCUCCAGGUUGAAAGUCUGAAGCAAGUACUCAAGGCGCUAGCAGGUUUUCAUGCUCUGAGUUUGACUCUUCAUGAUCUAAGACCAGAACAAUUCGAAAGGCUCACCACCGGUGACGACGGUCAGGGCAUAAAGGAGGCUCUUUUUCGUGAAGAGAAUGAGGAUUGGUACAGACAGUAUUACAGAGUGGCUGCUAACAAUGCCAUAGCGAUGGUGUCUAAGACAUUGUCAGUUAAGAUGGAGCAUCGACGAGAAGAGAUAAUGGGUAAAUUACGUGCCUUUCUGCACGAGGACGUCUUCUUCAGGACGAUGAGUCAACUAGCUGCAUCAAAGGGCCCACUGACGGUCUUCUGUCACGGUGAUUGCUGGACGAAUAAUAUUCUCUUCAAGGAUGAAACCACCGAUGAAGCAGAACCAGUGUACCUGGUUGACUUUCAACUGACUAGAGUUGGAUCCCUCGCUCUUGACUUGGUGAAUCUUCUCUAUUGCUGCACCAGUGGUGACGUUAGGCGCGUACAUAUGACGCAGCUCCUGCGCCAUUACCACUGUCAUUUGAUGCUGUGUCUGCAGACGUUGAAUCCAAACACAACCCGGAACGCUCCAAUUAUGUGGGAAUAUCUGACCCAGGAAAUGAGAAGAUGCGGACGCUUUGGUGUAGGUCUCGCCCUGGACGUUUUACCAAUCAGCACAUGUGCAAGUGACGAAGCCCCAGAUCUGUAUGAGGAUGCUGAGGUCGACAAGGAAGAGGGUCAUGCAAAAUGGGCACCACCACUAGGUGGAGCAAAGUGUGCCAAAUUGAUGACGGACCUGGUGAUAGAGCUUAUACAUAAUGAUGCUUUGUAGAAAUUUAAAUGACAGAAAUAAUUGUAAUAAUCAAGUUGCAGCCGACUUUUGUAGACAUAGCAGUGUAUUGUACACGAGUCGAUUACAGAAAUUACGAGUUUACAAUGAAAGUACAAUGUUGUAAAGUCUUGGUCGUCGAAA